ACUUGAGCCAGGUCAGGUAGAAUGAAUUGAUUAACUACACAUAUUCUGUGUUCCUUAUGAACUUACAUUGCUAAACGGGUACCUGUCUAGUUCAAAUUAAAUUGUCAACGGUUUGUUUUAAAGAACAGCGACAAUGUGUGAACUAUUGUUUUUGUUGAGUGUUUUGCUUGCGUGUCCAUUAAUCUCAGCUUUUAACAAAACAGUUGGAUUCAAGAAAGAUGAUUGUGAAGUAUACAGACUUGACAUGUACAGUUCAGAUGAUAUCUAUAACGUUGUCUGGGAUGGAGAGGAAUAUCCAAAAUUCUGUGGUUUGAAAUUUAGAAUUAUCAGUGCAGACAGUUAUGAGAUAUGUGCAAAGGUCACUCAGUUUAAUUUGGAAUGUCCAGAUUUUAAACUCAAGUUCUAUUGGGGAGUCAAAAUGAAUGUAAAGAUUUACGACUGUUAUUCCCACUUACCGAUGAAAUACUGUAAUGAAGAUUUAGUUUUCAUGAGUCUAGAGCCGGAAUAUUUUGAUAUAAGACGCUCUAAUUCUAACCUUAGAAUAACAGUAACAGCAAAUCUAUUAUCAAAAUACGGAGAAGACAAUUCAUCUAAUGGUGGAAUGAUAGCUGGUGUUGUCGGAAGUAUAUUCAUUGUUUGUCUGGUAUGUGUUGUAUGUAUCAUUGUAAACAAGCGUAAAGCUGCAUCAGAAUCUAUAAUACAGGGAACCAGACAGCAAGACAAUAAUGAUGUCAUUACAAUGCCUCAGUUCCAUGGAAAUCAAUGGCACCAGCAAAACUUAGAUCAAAGAAAUCUAAUGCAACAUUCUGGAGAUGCCAGUCGGGUCACAUAUAAUGAGUAUAAUCAAGAUCCAUAUACAGGCGUUCGUCAGACUACUCAAAGUGAACCAUCAGCUUCUCAAAUAAGUUCAGAUAUAUCUGCACCACCACCUUCGUAUGAGAGUGUAACCAGUAAAGGCUACAACAAAUCUUAAACUGAAAGGAGUAUAACAUUCACCUUGCUCCUUGGGAAAUAUAUAACAAAUAGCGUCAGUCGUUAGACAGGUGCUAACAUUCAAGUGUCCAUCUUCUCCUUCAAACAAUCUAAUUGGACAAACGAACAGAUUGAUUUGGUAACGAGUAUGACAGUGAUGAGUUGUAAUGUGUGCGCACUGUUUGGAUCCAUGGGACACCUACAUGUACUUCCUUUUUGCUGAUACUUACAAAUGUUGAAUGAAAACAAAUACUUUCGUCUCAUUUUUCUCAUCAACUCUCACAUUAAAAAAAUAAUUGAAAUUACCUGUACUUCUGCCGUCCGUCCGUCUGUUUUUUUGUCAAAUAUUUAUUUCACAUUACAUCAAGUCUAACUUCAUAUUGAAAAAACCCUGAACGUCCGUCAGUACGUUUGUUCGUCAAGUAUUUUGUAACUAAUUUCUUCAGAACUAAUGGAUAGAAUUGCUGCAUACUAAUACUUGAAUAUUUUAGUUUUUCUACAUUAUGAGUUUUUAUAACUUGAGAAAUAAAGGCAACAG